UAACUCCAAAUGUCCAAAUUAAAGGGACUUGAAUGACUCAUCGCCUUUCAUUGAGGGCUGUUUAAGCUGCUUAGCCAGCUUAAUGCGAACUUGCUCCUGCCAUCUCUCUUCAGGGAUUUUUUUUAAAAAAAAUUUUUUGUCUUCAGGAGAUUUUAGAAUGUUGUUAGAAAGAAUAAAAAAGAGCAAAAGCAUUGAAAAAGCUUAAAUUUUUACCACAAAAUACCCAUGUGGAAGCUAAAUCAGUUCUUAUCAUGUGAUGAUGAGGAGAGAGAAGAGAGUUUCUUGGAAGAAGAAUCAGAUGGCCUUUGUUCACUUUCUCCUACGCAGAGAAUGUAUGCAUUUGCUGCCUCUUUGGUCGCUGGUUUGGCUCUUAUGUUUCUGUCCUUGAUUGUGUUCGCCAAGCCCAUUAAAUUUGCAUUAUUGUUCACCUUUGGCAAUAUGUUGGCAGUUGGAAGGCUUUUUGGCACUCCAAGUUGGACUUUGCCAGCCUACUCAGUCAUGUGUUAUUGUGUAUUUGGAACCUUCCUUAUUGGAACUGAGCGACAACUAGGCAUGAUGUUUGACCCUGCCCGAAUUUAUGCAACAGCUAUAUACAUCGGAUGCGUUGUUCUGGCUCUCAUUUGUGCACUCUUGAUCCAUAGCAAGAUUUUAACAGUGUUUGCCAUCAUAUUCGAGAUUUGUGCCCUUAUCUGGUACAGCUUGAGCUAUAUUCCUUUUGCUCGGAGAAUGGUGUCUAAUUUGAUGAUCCGAUUAUGCGACACUGAGUUAUAGCUAGUGCAAAGUCAUGGAGAGUGAUAAACUGAGAGGUUCUAGAAGCCUUGGCUGACGGCAGUUUUCUUGUUUUUUCAUGAGUUGGUUCUCAAGGAUUUUUUUCACUUGAUCUCAGAGUUUGGCAAUUCUGAUUGUUGAAUUGGCAGCGUAACACAAGCUGUAGGUUUUUCAACUUACACACACACACAAAGACCAACUGUUUCCUUGAUCAUUUCAACUUGAAAUCAUUUGCUCCUAGUGAUCCAUUUCAUUUAGAAUAA